GAACCAUACAAAAACAAAUAAAAAUCUCAACUUUUUUUGUUCCAUAUUUUAUUGUUUUGUCUCAUUCGUUAAGGGUUUUGUAAUUGAGAAUUAUGGGAUUGUGGAAUGGAAAAGGCACCGGAGGAUUUAUCCUCUACCUUCUCGUAGGUUUCGCCGUCGCCAUCUUCUCUGUUUCUUACGUCGGAGACACAUCAACAACAAACCCUGAUCUUCUUCUUCAUCAUCUCUCUCCCUCUUCCUCUCCUCUCUCUGCCACCGAGAAAGUUUGGCCGGAUUUGGAGUUCAGCUGGAAACUAGUGGUGGCUACUGUGAUAGCGUUUUUAGGAUCUGCUUGUGGCACAGUUGGUGGUGUUGGAGGCGGUGGAAUAUUCGUUCCUAUGCUCACUCUUAUACUUGGAUUCGACACUAAAUCCGCAGCUGCUAUCUCUAAAUGUAUGAUAAUGGGAGCAUCAGCAUCAUCAGUUUGGUACAAUGUAAGAGUACGUCAUCCGACAAAAGAAGUACCAAUCCUAGACUAUGAUCUUGCUCUUCUCUUUCAACCAAUGCUUCUCCUCGGUAUCACUGUUGGUGUUUCUCUCAGUGUUGUGUUCCCUUACUGGCUCAUCACUGUCCUCAUCAUCAUUCUUUUCGUUGGUACUUCUUCAAGAUCUUUUUUCAAAGGCAUUGAGAUGUGGAAAGAAGAGACAUUGUUGAAGAAUGAAAUGGCGCAGCAACGAAAUAAUAUGGUUAACUCCCGGGGAGAACUUUUAAUCGACACAGAGUAUGAUCCGCUUUACCCGAGAGAAGAGAAAUCAGAGCUGGAAAUAAUACGCUCCAACCUCAAAUGGAAACGGCUUCUAGUUCUUGUAACUGUGUGGUUAGCUUUCUUGCUAAUCCAAAUUAUCAAGAAUGAAAUAAAGGUCUGCAGUCCAAUAUAUUGGAUGCUAUUCGUCUUACAGUUCCCAGUUGCUUUAGUGGUGUUUGGAUGUGAAGCAAAGAGGUUGUAUGGAGAGAACAAAACAAGGCUGAGCAGUGGAAACACUGAAUGUAUCUGUGAAGCUACCAUAGAGUGGACUCCUCUGAGUCUAAUAUUCUGUGGUCUCUGUGGUGCUGUUGGAGGCAUUGUAGGUGGUCUCCUUGGAUCCGGUGGUGGAUUUGUUCUUGGCCCUUUGCUUCUUGAGAUUGGAGUCAUCCCACAGGUUGCUAGCGCGACAGCUACCUUUGUGAUGAUGUUUUCUUCAUCUUUAUCCGUAGUCGAGUUCUAUCUCCUGAAGAGGUUCCCAAUCCCAUACGCAAUGUACUUGAUGUCGGUAUCGAUUCUUGCCGGAUUCUGGGGACAAUCUUUUAUAAGAAAGCUCGUGGCGAUCCUGAAAAGAGCGUCAAUAAUCGUUUUCGUUCUCUCAGGAGUCAUUUGUGCAAGUGCUCUGACAAUGGGAGUGAUUGGGAUAGAAAAGAGCAUAACGAUGAUACAUAACCAUGAAUUCAUGGGGUUCUUGGGAUUCUGCAGCAGCCAGUGAAUCCAAAUCCUCCUUUGAACAAAAGUUUCAAGUGUUUAGCUAUGAUUCAUUCAUUGGACAAUUUCGGUUGUCCAACGCCAUUGUUGUGAGUGAGUAAGUUAUAAGAUCAGAUUGUUUUACUUGUAGUCCAAGUCAGUUGUGCUCUGUUCUUGGUCAAUACAUAAGUUGACCAUCUUCAGAAAUAGAGUGUGUCUACAUUAAUGUCAUAUCAUUUUGUAUUCAAAGUUGGAUUAUUUCAUCUCUGGAUGCUUGCGAGACUGAGAAAAUUAUUAAAUUUUUUGUAGUCUU